UUUUUAAUGAAUCACUCUGUAUAAUACAAUUAAAAUAUAUUAAGUACAAUAAUAUUAUUUAAAUUUAGAUAAAGCUAAUAUAUCCAAAUUUUUAUUCUUCUAGAAAACUUUUUGGUGGAUCGUAUAUAUUCCGGGGGGAGUAUAUCACUUUUUCUCCAUAUUUGAUGAUUCCUUAAAUUUUAUUCUAUAUUAUGUGAUAUUAGGGAGGUCCUUAGUUAUAGAAGAAAAUUUUUUUUUUAUGAAAUUCAGAGUCAUGGGCUCAAAAUUUCGUUAGGUUCACUGAAAAAAUGAAACUGGUAAAAUUUGAGUACAAUAAGUCAACCCCUUCACGUGCCUCAAAGGGGUUGAAAUUCUUCAAAAAUGGGGUGGAUUUUCUUUUUUAGAGUGUACGCUCUUUAUUUUUGAAGUUUCGCCAAAAACACAGAGAACAAUUUUUAUAGAACUCAAUGUGAACAAAAAAUAAGGUAAUCAAUUAUUUUUUUGUAAAAUUAAUAUUUUUUCGUAAAAAUAAGAAAAAUCAGUUUCACUUAAUUUUUAAAAAAAAUGGCAUAGUUUUCAGUUAUACUUUUUCAGUGUCUUAAAUUUUAACUAUGCGCAGAAAUUGUACAGAAGUAAUAUUAAUCACCGUGAUAUUUUCUAUAAAAAAGUUAGUUUGAGUUUUUUUCGAAUUAUGAAUCCUUUCUAAAUAAAAAUUUAAAACAACUACGAAAACAUGUUUUUUUUUUUUUAAUUUUUGUUGUAUGAAUGUUUUUUUGUUCAGAAAUUAACUAAUUUUCUUAGUUAUAUUAAAUAAAAAAAAAACAAGAAACACAAUAAAAUAAUAAUUGUAAUAGAUGAGUGUUUAAUAUUUUGGAGAAAAGCGCGUAUUCCUACACAGUAUUCUUCACACUAUGUUAUUAAAUUAAAAAAAUUGUAUGAGAAAUGGAGAAAGUUGGACAAUAAUAAAUCUAGAAAAACAGAAACAAAAGAACUACAUUAUAAUAUUUUUUCUGAAGAAUUAGAUAACCUCUUUGACAUUUCUCUUAUCGAAGCUCUGAAUAUGAUAAGUAUUGAAGAAGACAAACAGUUUUUAUUGUCACAACUUAAAAAAGGCCGCUCAGGGUGCAUGCUUGGUAUUGAUAUGAAGUUAACAGCCGAAGCUCAAUAUUAUAGCAGCUCUAGAUCGGAGGACGAAGAUAUUGAUAUGGAGGAAAACGUUGAAGAAAUGAGUCAAUUACCUGGGCCUUCAAAAGAAGUAAAAGCACUAGAAGAUAUAUGUUGUUUUGUAGUUGAAUGUUAUAUUAAAAUGUGGUUUUCAGCUGCGAAUAUUAUAACAGCUCCUAUAAAUGAUUUAAUAUUAUUAAAAAAGUUAUUAAAUUACAGUAAUAAUAAACUAGGAGAAGUAGCUAUAAAAAUAUUUAUAAACCAUUUAUGGUAUUUAAAUGAUGAGUCUGCUGUGUUUUCUAUAUUUGACGAUCGACUUGACAUUAAUACUAAACAGCGAAUGGCAAAAAAAUAUUAAAAGGUUAUGAACAGAGCACGAAUGAUGAGCCACAACAAAAUGAAGAUUCAAAUAAAAAAUUAAUUUUAAAAUAUGAAGAUUUAUCAGAUUUUCUAGAAAAAGAUCUUCCUUUUUCGUUGCUCAGCAACAAUUCAUGGAAAUUAUUCGAGAAAUAUAAAUUAAAAUUCAAGUAUUUAUAUGAAUCUCCUACCACAUGGGAAAUAAAUAAUGAACGCCAAUAAUAACGCCAAAGAAAUAUUAUCCUCGAUAAAAAUAGUAAACGACAGAAUUCAACGACAAAUUUACAAGGGAUGAAAAUCAAAAGCAAUUUAUAUUACAAUUAUGAAAUUAUAUAAUAAUACUGCAAAAUUUUAAAUUUCAAAUUACUAUAUUUGUAUUAUAACCUUUACUUUGGACUAUUUUAGGUGGUUCAACAAUAUCGCCAGCUGUAUCCCAGUUGUAGCCAAGAAAUUUUGAAUAAAAAAUAUUCAAAUUAAAAAAACUAUUAUUGUGAUAAAAAAUUAUUAUUUUAUCACCCAGUGACGUCAUCACUAAGUAAUAUUAUCACAUUUUGCCAGUUUACAAAAGUUUAA